ACACACACAGAGACCAUCUGCAGUGUCAAUGCGGCGCCUGCUCUGAAGACUGAAGUGGGGGGGAAAGGAGAGGAGGAAAAAAAAAAAAAAUCCAUAAUACCAAAACCCACCCAAAGCAAGCGAGGAGCCUUCCCAGGACAAAGGCUGCCAGGGAAUUGGUGUUUUGAAGACUCUUACCGCUUUUAAUCCUCGUCCCCUUGGGAAUACAAACCUUUCUAAUCAUGUCACCGGCCAUGUGGAAAUGGACUUGCCUGGUUUCUCACCUCCUGCUAUCCACCACAGUGUCGCCUCUUGGGAGGCAGCAGCCACUCCAUCCGAAGAGGCCCUUCAUCACUUUCACUGGAGACCAAGCAGAGGGAAACUUCAACCACUUGGUGGUUGACGAAAGAACUGGGCACAUUUACUUGGGAGCUGUCAACAGGAUCUACAAACUCUCCAGUGACCUGAAGGUCCUGGUGACACACCAGACUGGUCCUGAUGAAGAUAAUCCCAAGUGUUAUCCUCCCAGGAUAGUCCAAACCUGCAACGAACCCUUGACGCCCACUAACAACAUAAACAAAAUGCUCCUCAUAGACUACAAGGAGAAUCGGUUGAUAGCCUGUGGGAGUCUUUACCAGGGCAUCUGUAAGCUUUUGAGGCUGGAUGACCUCUUCAAGCUGGGAGAGCCCUUCCACAAGAAGGAGCAUUAUCUCUCUGGGGUGAAUGAGAGUGGCUCUGUUUUUGGAGUCAUUGUUUCUUACAGCAACAUGGAUGACAAGUUGUUCAUUGCCACUGCUGUGGAUGGCAAACCUGAGUAUUUCCCCACUAUUUCCAGCAGAAAGCUCACCAAGAACUCUGAGGCAGAUGGGAUGUUUGCAUAUGUCUUUCAUGAUGAGUUUGUGGCCUCUAUGAUCAAGAUCCCCUCAGACACCUUUACCAUCAUCCCUGACUUUGAUAUCUACUACAUCUAUGGCUUCAGCAGUGGUAACUUUGUCUAUUUUCUGACUCUGCAACCUGAGAUGAUCUCACCACCUGGCUCCACCACGAAGGAGCAGGUUUAUACCUCCAAGCUGGUCCGGCUUUGUAAGGAGGACACAGCCUUUAACUCCUAUGUUGAGGUGCCCAUUGGCUGUGAGAAGAAUGGGGUGGAGUACCGGUUGCUCCAGGCAGCCUACUUGUCUAAGGCUGGAACCAUCUUAGCCAAGUCUUUGGGUGUUGGCCCUGAGGAUGAUAUCCUCUUCACAGUCUUCUCCAAGGGGCAGAAAAGGAAGAUGAAGUCCUUAGAUGAAUCUGCUCUUUGCAUCUUUGUCUUGAAAAAGAUCAAUGAUCGCAUCAAGGACAGACUGCAGUCCUGCUACAGGGGAGAGGGGACGUUAGAUCUGGCCUGGCUCAAAGUCAAGGACAUUCCCUGUAGCAGUGCGCUGUUAACAAUUGAUGACAAUUUCUGUGGCUUGGAUAUGAAUGCCCCCUUGGGAGUAUCGUCCAUGGUGCGAGGGCUCCCCAUUUUCACCGAGGAUGGAGACAGAAUGACAUCUGUGAUUGCUUACGUCUACAAGAACCACUCCCUGGCUUUUGUGGGCACCAAGAGUGGGAAGCUCAAGAAGAUCCGUGUGGACGGCACCACGAAGAACACGCUGGAGUAUGAGAUUGUGCAGGUGGUGGAUACUGGCCCCGUAUUACGGGAUAUGGCUUUCUCCGUGGAUCAUGAACAUCUCUACAUCAUGUCUGAGAAGCAGCUCACUCGGGUGCCCGUGGAGUCGUGUAGCCAGUACGAGACCUGCAGCGAGUGCUUGGGCUCAGGCGACCCUCACUGUGGAUGGUGUGUUCUUCACAACACGUGCACAAGGAAGGAGCGGUGUGAGCGCUCCAGCGAGCCUCGGAGAUUCGCCUCGGAGAUGAAGCAGUGCGUCCGCCUUACCGUGCAUCCCAACAACAUCUCCGUCUCCCAGUACAACGUAUUGCUGGUCUUGGAGACCUACAAUGUGCCCGAGCUGUCAGCAGGAGUCAAUUGCACUUUCGAGGACCUUUCAGAGAUGGAUGGCUUGGUGGUGGGCAGUCAGAUCCAGUGCAUUUCACCAGCUGCCAAAGAGGUACCCCAGAUCAUCACAGAGAACGGAGACCAUCACAUCGUCCAGCUUCAGCUCAAGUCCAAGGAAACUGGUAUGACCUUUGCCAGCACCAGCUUCGUCUUCUACAACUGCAGUGUCCACAACUCGUGUCUGUCGUGUGUGGAGAGCCCUUACCGGUGUCACUGGUGCAAGUACCGCCAUGUCUGCACCCAUGACCCCAGCUCCUGCUCCUUCCAGGAGGGACGAGUCAAGCUGCCUGAGGACUGUCCCCAGCUGCUGCAGGCAGAGAAGAUCCUGGUGCCCGUGGAAGUGAUCAAGCCGAUCACGCUGAAGGCCAAGAACCUGCCCCAGCCACAGUCGGGCCAGCGAGGCUACGAGUGCAUCCUGAACAUCCAGGGCAAUGAGCAGCGGGUGCCCGCCUUGAGGUUCAACAGCUCCAGUGUGCAGUGCCAGAACACUUCGUAUUCAUAUGAAGGAAUGGAGAUUAACAGCCUGCCAGUGGAGCUGACGGUCGUGUGGAACGGGAAUUUCAACAUUGACAACCCAGCACAGAACAAAGUUCACCUGUACAAGUGCGGGGCCAUGCGGGACAGCUGCGGACUCUGCCUGAAAGCCGACCCAGACUUUGAGUGUGGCUGGUGCGAGGGGCAGAACCAGUGCACGCUGAAGCAGCACUGCCCAGCCCAGGACAGUCAGUGGCUGGAGUUGUCCAGCACCAAGGGCAAAUGCACCAACCCCAAGAUUACAGAUAUCAAUCCAGUGACGGGCCCUCGUGAAGGAGGGACCAAAGUGACCAUCCGUGGGGAGAAUCUGGGGCUGGAGUUCAGAGAUAUUGCGUCUCACGUCAAAGUGGCCGGAGUGGAGUGCAAACCGCUGGUGGAAGGGUACAUCCCAGCAGAGCAGAUAGUAUGUGAGAUGGGGGAGGCCAAGCCCAGCCAGCAUGCCGGAUUUGUGGAAAUCUGUGUGGCCGAGUGCAAACCAGAGUUCAUGGCCAGGUCUUCACAGCUUUACUACUUUAUGACUCUGACACUCUCUGAUCUCAAGCCGAAGCGGGGACCGGUGUCGGGUGGCACCCAGGUGACAAUUACAGGCAAUAACCUCAAUGCGGGCAGCAAUGUCAUUGUGACCUUUGGGCGACAACCCUGCCUCUUCUACAGGAGAUCCACCAAGCACAUUGUCUGUAACACCACUGCCUCAGAUGAAGGCUUUGAGAAGGUGAAGGUGUCCGUGAGAGUGGACAAGGCCAAGAUACAUCAGGAGUUGCAGUAUGAAUACGUAGAGGAUCCAACCAUCCUGAGGAUCGAGCCCGAGUGGAGCAUCUUCAGUGGCAACACACCCAUUGCAGUGUGGGGAACUCACCUAGACCUGAUCCAAAACCCUCAGAUCCGGGCAAAGCACGGUGGAAAGGAACACGUCAACAACUGCGAGGUGCAGAACAGCACGGAGAUGACCUGCCAGGCUCCAGCACUGGCUGUUGACCCCAAUCACCAGUCUGAGCUUGCUGAGCGUCCAGAGGAGUUUGGUUUCAUUCUUGACAACGUGCAGUCCCUGCUGAUUCUCAACAAAACCAACUUCACCUACUACCCAAACCCAAUCUUUGAGGUUUUCAAUCCUUCGGGGAUCUUGGAGCUGAAACCUGGAAGUCCUAUCAUACUGAAGGGCAAGAAUCUGAUCCCACCAGUGGCAGGAGGGAAUGCCAAGCUGAACUACACUGUUUUGGUUGGUGAGAAGCCCUGUGCAGUGACUGUAUCGGAUGUGCAGCUACUGUGUGAGUCUCCAAACCUCAUUGGACGGCACAAGGUGAUGGCUCGUGUAGGAGGGAUGGAGUUCUCCCCAGGGAUGGUCUACAUCUCUCCAGACAGCCCUCUCAGCUUGCCAGCUAUUGUCAGCAUUGCGGUGGCUGGUGGCCUGCUCAUCAUCUUCAUCGUGGCUGUGUUGAUUGCGUACAAGCGCAAAUCCCGAGAAAGCGACCUCACCCUCAAGCGUCUACAGAUGCAGAUGGACAACCUGGAGUCCAGGGUGGCACUGGAGUGCAAAGAAGCCUUUGCAGAGCUACAGACAGAUAUUCACGAGCUGACAAGCGAUUUGGAUGGAGCUGGGAUCCCUUUCCUCGAUUACCGAACCUACACCAUGAGGGUGCUUUUCCCUGGCAUUGAAGAUCAUCCAGUCCUGAGGGAUCUGGAGGUCCCUGGCUAUAGACAGGAACGGGUGGAGAAAGGCCUGAAGCUCUUUGCCCAGCUCAUCAACAACAAGGUUUUCCUGCUGUCCUUCAUCCGCACACUGGAGUCCCAGCGCAGCUUCUCUAUGCGGGACCGUGGCAACGUGGCCUCGUUGAUCAUGACGGUGCUGCAGAGCAAGCUGGAGUAUGCGACUGACGUCCUCAAACAGCUCUUGGCCGACCUCAUAGACAAAAAUCUGGAGAGCAAGAACCACCCCAAGCUGCUGCUCCGGAGGACAGAGUCUGUGGCUGAGAAAAUGCUCACCAACUGGUUCACCUUCCUUCUGUACAAGUUCCUCAAGGAGUGUGCUGGCGAACCUCUGUUCUCCCUUUUCUGUGCCAUCAAGCAGCAAAUGGAAAAGGGUCCCAUCGACUCGAUCACUGGGGAGGCCCGGUACUCACUGAGUGAGGACAAGCUUAUCCGACAGCAGAUUGAUUACAAGACACUGGUCCUGAGCUGCGUGAACCCUGACAACGUGAACAGCCCUGAGAUCCCAGUGAAGAUCCUGAACUGUGACACCAUCACGCAGGUCAAGGAGAAAAUCCUCGAUGCCAUCUUCAAGAAUGUGCCCUGCUCCCACCGGCCCAAAGCUGCCGAUAUGGACUUGGAGUGGCGACAAGCAAGCGGGGCCAGAAUGAUCCUUCAGGAUGAAGACAUCACAACCAAGAUAGAGAAUGACUGGAAGAGACUCAACACACUGGCACACUAUCAGGUGCCAGAUGGAUCUGUGGUAGCUUUAGUCUCCAAGCAAGUCACUGCCUACAAUGCAGUCAACAACUCCACAGUCUCCCGGACGUCAGCCAGCAAGUACGAAAACAUGAUCCGUUACACAGGCAGCCCAGACAGCCUCCGUUCCCGCACACCCAUGAUCACCCCUGACCUUGAGAGCGGAGUCAAGAUGUGGCACUUGGUGAAGAACCAUGAACAUGGUGACCAAAAAGAGGGUGACCGGGGCAGCAAGAUGGUUUCUGAGAUCUACUUGACAAGACUACUUGCCACCAAGGGCACCCUCCAGAAAUUUGUAGACGACCUCUUUGAGACCAUCUUCAGCACUGCUCACCGUGGCAGUGCACUUCCCCUGGCUAUCAAAUACAUGUUUGACUUCCUGGAUGAGCAGGCUGACAAGCACAACAUCCAUGACCCCCACGUGCGGCACACCUGGAAGAGCAAUUGCCUGCCGUUACGGUUCUGGGUUAACAUGAUCAAGAACCCACAGUUUGUCUUCGACAUCCACAAGAACAGCAUCACAGAUGCCUGCCUCUCUGUAGUGGCUCAGACUUUCAUGGACUCCUGUUCAACCUCAGAGCACCGUCUGGGCAAAGACUCACCCUCCAACAAGCUUCUCUACGCCAAGGACAUCCCCAGCUACAAGAACUGGGUGGAAAGGUACUAUUCAGACAUUGCCAAAAUGCCAGCAAUCAGUGACCAGGACAUGAACGCAUACUUGGCUGAGCAGUCUCGCAUGCAUAUGAACGAGUUCAACACUAUGAGUGCGCUCUCAGAGAUUUACUCCUACGUUGGCAAGUACAGUGAGGAGAUUCUGGGAGCCCUUGAUCAAGAUGACCAGGCUGGGAAACAGAAACUUGCCUACAAACUUGAACAAGUCAUAACCCUCAUGAGCAUAGACAGCUGAGAACUGUCCUGCCAGGGACACCCUGGGAGGGAUAAACCAAGUCGUGCCUCACUCAAGAUCAUCAUCUUUACCAAGUGCAAGUUUUGAUCGGCUGUAAGCAGAGUCACCUGAACAGCGCUCCUCUCUCUCUCUCUCUCUCAAUCUCUCUCUCCCUCUCUCUCUCUCUCCCCCUCUCCCUUCUCUUUCAAAGUCUAUGGACAAAAUGACAAAGCCCCAGGGGUUAAAAGAAAAGACUGCAGAGGAAUCUUGGCUCUGGGGACAUCAAGACUUUCAGGUGGAGCUCUCCUUUUCACAGCUUCCCCUCUGCCUUUGCCCUAGAGAAAAACUAUUACACACAAAACAAACCCCACAAACCCUCCCCCCACAUCACAUCAUCACUCUGCAGAUGGGAAAUUGGGAGGUAACUUCUGUCAUGCUGCUUUAACUGCCCUCCAAGGGCUGUAGAGCCUCUGGAGUGGACAUGAAAAUGAACUCAGUAUUACUAAAAGUCUCCCCAAAGGGAAGGCAGCCUGCCUUGCAGGGAUCCUGGAGGGCAGGAGCAAAUCGAGAUCCUCUCCUGCAGAGCCAUUGCAACUCUAUCUCUUGAUAGUGACCCACUGGGAGAGGAACCCCAAGGCUCCCCCAAAAAUGCCACAGCUCCAUCCAGAGUGAGACCAUUGUGGCUCUUAUCUGCCUGGGCAAACGGCGGUGUAGCUGCUCUCUUGGGGCAGGGGAAGGGUCAAGAGGGGAGGAUGAGACCAACACUCCCCUGCCCAUGUGUUUCAUAUGGUUAUUCUUAUUUUUCAAAGAGACCUGUGUCCCCCUCCGUCUUUCCCAUUGUUUCCUGUUGGUUGUAGCACUGCGGCAAAAACACUCUCUCUGCUCAGUGGCAUCACGGUGGUGGUUCUGUUCCUUCUGGCAAUGGACAGCACAGCAGCUCCCUCGUUCCCACCUCAGCCUGGAAAGCAAGAGCCACAAAGUCUCAUUUUGUUCCAGGCAAGGAGCUCGGCCUCAAAAAAACAACCAGAGGGUUUGUUGUUUUGUUUUUUUUUUUUUUUCAGAGCUGUUAGUUGUUUCCAUGUUGUUUCCUCAACUGGAACAAAGCUAUUGUUUCAUCAUAGGUUAUGAAGGAUAUUGAAGGGCUUGCCAUGAAGCAAGGUGGUGCAUAGGACUGAUGGUAAAACCUUCCUUCAAAGCCACUCCUAAGAGGAAUUGUCAGCACAUGUUUUGGAAGGAAAUCUUGGAGGAAAUCCAAAUGAAACACUGCAAAAUAUUCUUCUACCUAGAUACCCCCAGCCGAACUGCAUGUCUUCUGAAGGUCUCUGAACCACUGUAAACUCAUCUGCCUUUUGGUGCCAGCUCCUGGCCUUUCCUCUUCUCCAUUUCUGGAACCAACAGGCCAUGCUGAAGGCACAGUUGCUGUCUGGGAAGGAUUUGCUCUCUCUUUGCACUUCCUAUCCCUUCAGAGAUCACUGUCCCAACAGGACAAUUAUGAGUGAUUACCCUGUCCUAUCCUCCGCUCAGCUCCUCCAAAACAACAUCUCAACCUGUUUCAUGGCCAACUGAAGAGGAGCGAGCUCCCGUGUCUCUUCUGCGUUUGGCUAUUCUGUUCAUACAGCCGCCAGCCCGGGUAACACCAUGGUUCAGCGUAGUGGGAGACCCUCAGGGUCUUGUACGCCAUGGAGGCAAGAGCUGUGUCUGGAUUCAUCUCACCAGAAAUGAGCAGAGCUUACUAGCAGAUGGAGGAGUGGCUUGAUGCCACGGUGAAUCAGCCCACAUUCAUCUCACACCAUCCUCAGCGCUGCAACCUGGAGCACCUACUUUGCACCUGGAGGGAGGAAGGGGUAAAGACAGGGUGUGUAAAUUGAUUACAGAAUGAGUGCAUUUGCUUUUAUUCAUGCCUCUUGCUAACAAACCAGGACCUCUUCAGAGUGAUGGAUGGUGAGUGCAUCUAACGGGGGAUGUGGUGCCAACAGGAGUUAGUCAGCAAGCGGGUUUCAUUCAGCCAAGGAGAUACACACGUAGGCAAGCCUUUCUAACACCAUUUAAAUAACAGCAGUCCAAAACUGGAUGUGUCUGUGGGGAGAAUACCACAAGAUUCAUAUUGAAACAGCAAACUUAGGGACACGCCUUGGUUUUAAAACCCCAGACAUUUCUCUCUUGAUUAUAAUUAUUAUUAUUUUGUGCGUGCGUGCGUGUGUGUGUAUAUCUGUGUGCGCGUGUGUGUUAUUUCCUUUUGAUUUUGCUUGCUUUCUGUUUGAUUGCUGAGCUGAUGGACUCAUCAUGCACCUUAUGGACAUCUCAGCAUUUUUAAGAGGCCUGCGCAUUGGGGGUGAUUUGGGUUUGGUUGGUUCUGCCAUGGUUUUGUUGAUCCAUUUAGUAAUGUCGGCGCAUGUUCCAGAUCCAUUGAUUAUGGCUGUGAAAGUGGGGUGGAAGUCCCACCAGAGCCAGUGGUAAGAAAAUUACAACAACAACACAUACACAAUAUUUUUUAUAAGUACAUAAAAAAGGAAAAUUAAAAAAAAAAAAAAAAAAAAGGAAGAAACCAAAGGUUUUGACAAACAAAGUGCCACAAAAGAAAAAAUAUGGACCCUAUUGUCAUGCCUUGUACUCACAGCUGGAUGGUAGGAGUCUAAGGACAAAUAGCUGGCUUGGAGGGAAGUGGUUAUGAGUGAUGGGCUAUACUGCCUGGACAUGCGCACGCACAUGAAAGGAAGAAGAAGCUGGUGGUUUGUUUGUUUUUGUUUUUUUU